AUGAGCUUGAGCGUCUCACUCUUCACUUGGACAGCGUACACUACUCAGAGAGGACGACUACCAGCAAUCUUUGGCGGCAAGACUCCUGACUUCGUCAUCGAUUUUGGUCCUUUUGCCCAUGUCCGCCAUCCUGCUUACACUGCAUAUCUUCUUGGAUGGACUGGGGCUCUAGCUGCGCUUGCGGAUAGGCAUGACGCUGGUUGGAGAGUGCCAGCGCUGAGCUUAUGCAUCUUGGGUCUUGCAGGGGUAUAUCGGAGCGGUGUCCAGAUGGAGGAAAAUCAAAUGCUCUCGGGCGAGAAGAAUGAUGGAAAAGUCGAUCUCAGCAAGAAGUAUAGAGAGUACAUGGCCAAGGUUAAAUCUCGAUGGCUUCCCGGUCUGAUCUGA